AUGACGCCCAAUCACACAUGCUCAAUUGAAGUAUUGAAUCAUGACCACAGUUAUGGCAAGGCAUGGCGUGCAAGAGAAACUGCUUUUGCUCUUGCAAAGGGGACGCUAGAGGAAUCAUAUGUCGUCUUGCAUGCAUAUUGUGAGGCUUUGAAGAUAGAAAAUCCUAGAACUGUAUUUGAGAUUGAGCUUGAAGAAUCAAAAUAUUUCAAAUACGUGUUCAUGGUGCUAGGUGCGAGUCUAAGAGGUUUUAAGAGUUGUCGACCUGUGAUCAUUAUAGAUGGCACUCAUCUAAAGGGUAAGUAUAAGGGAACAAUAAUAGUUGGUGUUGCAAUAGAUGGUAAUAACCAAUUGUACCCACUAGCAUAUGCAAUUGUUGAUAGUGAGAACGAUCGAGCCCUGAAGUGGUUCAUGACGAAUCUUAAAGCAGCAAUUGGAGAAUGCCCUAACCUUGUAUUCAUCUCAGACCGUGGACAGAGUAUAGCUAAUGUCAUUGAUAUCGUAUUCCUCAAUUCUUACCACGAACUUUGUACCUUCCAUUUGAAAAGGAACGUGGAGAAUUACUUUAAAGACAAGGUCGUUAGAAAAUUGUUUCACGAUGCUUAUAGAGCGUAUCGAGAAUCAGAGUUCAAACGUCAUUGGGUCCAAAUAGUGAACUACAAAAAUGGUUCCCUUGCUACAUAUUUAGAGGAUGCUAGUAUUCAAUGGUGGGCACGGUGUUACCAGUUUGGGAACCGAUAUGAUAACAUGACUAGUAAUAUUUCCAAAUGCUUCAAUGCUAUUACCAAAGAAGUAAGAGUGUUACCAGCAACUUCAUUGCUAGAAUACAUAAGAGGUAUGCUUCAAGGUUGGUCUCAUGAGCGGCGAACAAUGUGGUCUAAUAGUACAUCGACACACUUAGUCUAUGCGGAGGAAAUAAUGAGUUUAGAGUGCGAAAAAGCUAGGCGAUGUCGAGUGAAUCCAAUUGAUUAUUAUAGAUUUCAUGUCAAGGAUGGUGGAAUAGAUGGUAUAGCCUUAACACUCGAGAAUGUAGUUACAAGUAAUUGCAGUGUUUGGAGAUUCCGUGUUCGCAUGCUAUUGUUACAGCUAGAGAGAGCAAUAUUAAUCCAUUUACUCUAUGCAGCAGAUUGUAUAGUGAUGUAA